AUGCCAGCCAAGUCGAAAAUCGUCUCCGCUCAACAUACGGGCCUUGUGACGGUACACCAAUAUUGUCCCACUCGGCCCUAUGUGGAACUUGAGAUCCCUCCCGAUGCAGGCAAAGUCCUCGCUGUUACAUUUGAGAUUGUCUCUCGGGAUCAAGGCAUGUGCAAUAUAACUACAAAGCUGGACAAGGUAUCACAGGCGACGGCUAACACACUCCUAGGAUGGGCCGACUCAGGUUCUCCUUCUUUCACCUGGUUCGAAGCCGAAUUACUUCGUCCGCCAGGCAGACCGUCCGUCGCACCGCUGCAUUUGAACAGAAACACCCCUGGGGACCCGGAAUUUCGCACCGCGAAGUUUGCGUGGAGUUCCCAGGAUAUCGAUAGCAGCUCGUUAGGCGUGCGGGCUUUUCAUCAAGAGCUACAAGGCGAGGACGUGAUUCAGCUCAUUCCUCGAGCAGAAUUCAGAGGCUGGGUCAAUAUUGUCAAAGAGGCCUCUAUCUUGGUCGAAUAUCAGUCAUCUGGACUCGACGAUGAACCUGUACCGACAGGCGUCAUCUCCCCCACCAACUGUGCUUUCUACACCCGAAAGCUACAAGACGACAAAUUCCAUGAUACUAUUCGCAUACUGAUCGUUGAGCCCGGAGCCUUUCAGGACACGAUCCACGGAAGCUUUAGAUAUGAAAGUAUUGGUGAAUCCGGUGCCGGCACGCUGGAUUAUGAGGCAUUGUCCUACUUUUGGGGGCCACGGUCAAAUCGAGAUCAUAUUUGCAUCACGAAUGGGGACUCGGGAGAAUCAUCGUCUUCAACAGUUGCCUUCAGUGUGUCGCACACGGUCACGUCGGCAAUCAAAAGUUUGCGUUGCAAGGACAAACCCCUCAGGAUCUGGGUUGAUGCUAUUUGCAUCAACCAAGCCGAUUUGGGAGAGAGGGAACACCAAGUCAACUUGAUGGGCAGUAUCUAUUCCCGGGCCAGGGCAGUGCACAUCUGGCUUGGUGAGGGAGAGUGCGGUUCCGGCCCAACGCUUAGGGUCAUACGAGAUGCUUACAACCUCGACGUUGACCAGGGCUGUCAAGGCGGUCGCCACUGUUUGUGCGAGGGGUCGCCACACUCCGGCCUAGAAUCGCUAAAGCACUAUGUGCAAGGUCAGAGUAAGAGCUCCUGGCAUCAUCUGGAUGAACUCUUCGAGUUCCACAAAGAGUUGUUUGAUGAGGAACAAACUGCCAGAGACGGCGGCAACCACUGGCAUGUUUGGACAAUAUGGGUGCUGUUGCGCAAUCCAUGGUUCAUGCGUGUCUGGGUCCUCCAGGAAGCUCUGAGAGCUCAGAGGGCACUUGUGCACUGCGGGACGUCCACCGUUGAAUGGCGUGAGCUCGCCCAAGUGGCCGAGUGGGUGUGCGAACCGCAGUACAUAAUGCACAGGCGUCACCUGCACACUGGCUUAAUGAUGCCCCCCGUCUGGAACAAGCUUGGCCGCGAGAAAGAUGUACCACUCCUUGAUCUAUUUCUCGCAACGCUCGACAUGCGAGCCACCGACCCGAGAGACCGGCUUUUUGCGCUGUUGGGUCUAAGCCAUGAGAUCAAGGGGCUCGCAGAAAUCCCGACGGCGCUUCGUCCCGACUACAGCAAGACACUGGGGAAGGCAAUGGCUGAUUUCACUCGAUGGUGCAUUGUCAAACAGCGGUCCCUCAGGGUACUCUCCAUGAUCCAUUGCCAGCCCUCGAGAGGCUGGCGCUGCACAGACCCUGUGUCGUCAACUCGUAGCUCUUCGGGGACUACGUGGGCGCUCGGCUCCGAGGGCUAUUCGACAUGGGUCGAUAUGAAUCUUCUGAGCAAGUUUUCACUACUAAACGUUGGGGGCAAUCUCGAGCCAGAUCCUUCUCUCGUCCUGGAAGACGUGGAAAGCGACCCUCCCGUUUUGAAGCUGCGCGGACGCCGGAUCGGUGCCAUCGAGGCGAUAGGAUACCCCCCAAGAAGCAUGCUCGCCUCAUUUGAGGCAGUCGCCAACGGCGAUGUUCAAUUGAAGCCGAGCGUACUGUCGGUCUUUGUACAUCUGCUCGAUCCAUGCGGUUACCAUGGAAGCUGGACCCGGCCGUUGGAACGAAACCCCCGGCAUUCUGUCAAUUUUCGGGACUCUUCCAUGGUAUACUACGACCAUCUGAGGGCCCACCAUGCCUAUUUUCCUCCACCGCCUGCCCAAGUCCUAAACGAACACGCUGGGAAUGCCCCAUCGUUUGAUCUUGCAGAUGCCUCGCACAUUCCAUCGUGCAUCCACCCUUGCUACUUUCUGGCAACAGCCGGCCAGUACGGCCUGUGUCCUUGGGCAGCACGUGUCAAUGAUAUCAUUGUGACUCUGGACGGGGGUCAGGUGCCUUACCUCCUCCGGCCCGUGGGUUUGGAGUCUACCGUAUGUUUCGAGUUUGUGGGAGAGUGCUUUGUGGAAGGCCUUACGGGCAACGAUAGUGAUAGCCCUGUAUUUGGCUCUCAGGCGGAAACAUUUAGUAUAAGUUAA